AUGGUUGAUGGUUUGAUUGAGCAAGUGCGCGCAGGAGUGCCUAAAAACGUCGUAGUUCACCCAACAGUGCUGUUGUCUGUAGUAGAUCAUUACAAUAGAAGUGCUAAGGACACAAAGAAGAGAGUGGUGGGAGUGUUGCUUGGAGAGUACGGAGAUAAGGGAGUUUUAGAUGUGACUAAUUGCUAUGCAGUUCCCUUCGAUGAGGAAUUGCAGGAGCCUAAUGUCUGGUUCUUUGAUCACAUCUAUCACGAGACCAUGUACAACAUGAUGAGAAAGAUCAACUCAAAGGAGAGGAUCAUCGGGUGGUACUCCACUGGCCCCUCCAUCAAGAAAGCAGAUAUUGAAAUAAAUGAAAUCAUCAGAAAGUAUAAUACCACUCCCAUAUUCGUGGUUGUCAAGCUUCAUGAGGCUGCUUCACUCGGUAUUCCCACUGAAGCUUACUUCACUCAGGAAGAGGUUGAUGAUAACGGCAAUUUAAUGAGGCAGUUCGUGCAUAUUCAAAGCGCUAUUGGCGCUUCUGAGGCUGAAGAAGUCGGAGUCGAGCACUUACUCAGAGAUAUCAAGGAUGCAAGUCAAGGCUAAUUAAGCAAACAAGUUGGAGAUAAGAUUCUUGCACUGAAAGCACUGACUCAAAAGCUGAAAGAAAUGAGAGAGUAUUUGCAGAAUGUGUUGAGUGGUAAAUUCAGAUACAAUCAUUCAAUCAUCCACAACUUCCAGGACAUUUUCAAUCUGUUGCCCAACUUAAAAGUAGAUGAAACAGUUCGCAGUUUUUCAGUUAAAACAAAUGACUACAUGAAUGUAAUCUAUGUCAGUUCACUUAUAAGAAGUGUUAUCUCUUUGCACAAUCUCAUCAAUAAUAAAAUCCAAUCCAAGGAAAUUGAAGUACAGAACCUCAAGAUCGAGAAAGAUAGGGAAGAUGAGCUCAGAAAAAAGAAGGAAGAGGAAUCUAGGAAAAAGGUUGAAGAAGCAUUAAAAAGAGGAGAUAUUGGAAAUGGCGAUGCUGCUACCUCUGAUGGAAAUUAAAAUAACGAUGAUUCCAAAAAAGGAGACUCAAAAUGA